UCAUCUUAUCGUGUAAACACAGCACUGCGCAGAACUAAGAUUGCUGUUAUCGAUAAGUUUCGCACGUUUUGUAUGGAAAGCAGACAAUAGAUGUCAAAUUAUUUGUUUUGUUUUCAUUCGCCUUUCUUAGAAAAGUAAAUUGAACAUCAGUUUUGAAUUUAUAACAAAAUGUAUAAAAAGAAAUCAGUUAAAAGUAUAUAUAAACCACCACCGACUGUUUCCGGAUCAAAACCCACAAUUAGCGAAAAUGAUAUGCAAUUUGAACUUGAGUUAUGUUGGUGUGUACAACAACUGGAAACCGCUAUAUAUUCAGGCAAAUUAAAUGGAAAGAUUGCUGAGGAUACAGUUAAAAAUAUAAAAAUUCUUAAAAGUACUACAGCACCUUUAAUAAAAAAACGACAGGUUAUGAAAGCUGCUUUAGGUGACUACAGAUCGACGAUGAAAGCAGAAGAAAAAAAAUUAUCUUUGGCUCCCAAGCAAGUGAAAUUUACAAAUGCUACAGAUGUGAAUAAAAAGUCUAGUUUUGUCAAAAAAUCAGCAUUAAUGACAUCGGGAAAAGACUUUCGUUUUAAUUUUGAUGAACAAACUGAAGUAAAUAAUACGACAGAUCAAUCUUCUGAAAAUAUGCCUGAUGUAGUCGCUAACAAAGACUUAAAACUAAAUUUAGGAUCCGAAUUUAAAUUUAAUUUUGUAGUGGAUGAAACGAGUGAAGAUUUAACUUUAAAAAAUUUAGCAAUAAAAAAUUGA